UUACGUUCGUUCCUUGCAUUUUGAUCUUAAACACGUUUAGUACCCCUUCACACGGGGGGAGCCUUCUCACCAAAUACACACCUUCAUUCGUUCAUAUCCACGUAUGACCAAUCGUACUCUUUGCUGAAACGAACAUGGUUUAUCGAUUGAAACUCUUCCCGAUUGGUAAAAAAGGAAUUUUUUGCUCGUGCGGCACGUAAUUGGCUGAGGAUAAAACGAUCUGUUUUGGCAUUCUCAUGAGGUAGGACGAGAAUGAUUGGUAGGGACAUGGAUGACAUGAAAGACGUGCACCACGUAUUGAAUAGGCGAGUGGUUUAUCUUCUGGUGAUGCAGUGGAUGGCAAUCAUUCUGCGUGUUUUCCUUUGUUUGGCAUAUUUCAAUACACGAGGUACACCGCUUGCACAUUCCCUCUCUCAUCUUUUUAAACUUCAUCUUUGGCAUAUUUCAAUACACGAGGUACACCGCUCGCUCAUUCCCUCUUUCAUCUUUUUAAACUUCAUCUUUGGCAUAUUUCAAUACACGAGGUACACCGCUCGCUCAUUCCCUCUCUCAUCUUUUUAAACUUCACGAGUGCAAUGCUGUCCAUGACACCUUUUGUAUGGCGGGUACUUAAUCAAUGCGUAGUACACUGUGAUGGAUGGUGUGGUGCAACUGAGGUAGCAAGAAAUUUAAUUGAGCUGCGUAUCAUACGUGGUGGUGUAGGAUUGUGUACGGCACGUUGUACAAAAUGUUAUUCUAAUGUUUGUUUUGUAUUUCACGCCCAUAAUCAGUGCUGUACGUUUUCAUCGCCUUGUCAAACAAUUCUUGGUUAAACUUUCAUUUCCUGGUACGAAUUACUGCCCUUCGUGUGUUGCGGUCCACCAAGCA